AGUAGGUGGGUGUGGUCUUCACUGUCUGGUUGAACCUACUAAAGUCUGAAUACUGACACACACACACAUUCACUCAGAGAACACAGAAGCUGUUUCACUCUUCCUCUGCUCCAUUUUCCCCCAGCUGAAGCAACAUCUAUCUAUAAGAAUCUGGCAAACGUCCUGGGAAGGUCUGUAGCUGACAAGUUGUUGGAAGGCAAACAUGUCUCUGCCAUUGUCCUUGCUGAUAUGUCUGUUAGUCUUCCAGCUGUGUUUGGGAGCUCAGCCUGAGAAGAGACACGUUAGAGAACGGGGUUGGUCUGAAAAACGUACCGAGUCAAAAAACGUUCAGAAGGCGGCUCAAUAUGCUGUAGAAAUGUUCAACAAAGAUUCAAAGGAGAAGGUGUUGUUCAAGCUCGUCUCAGUUAACAGUGCUAAAUCCCAGCAGGUAACCAAUAGGAUCAACUUUAAAAUCAUUGCAAUCCUCGGAAGUACCAACUGUCCUAAGGGGGGAAACCUUGACUUGAAAGGAUGCAUUUUGGACAACAAGCAACUAAAGUGCCAGUUUGUUAUGACUUCAGACACCCACAACAGAAAAUAUGAGGUGAACAAAACAAAAUGCCACAAAGUUGCAAAGAAAGGUUAAUUCUUUUUUACAGUGUCAAGAUAAGCCGAGAUCAUCCCAUUAUUUCCAUGCUGGAGAUUUUUGGGUAUAGAUGCUACUUUGUAGAUGCUACUUAGUAGCAUCUAUACCCAAGGAUGUCUGGUGUCGCCACACCAAUCCACCAUUUGAUUGUCUCAUGCAAGUUUUACUUUCAAAUUACAUUUCUUUUUUUAUUUAAUCAUAAGAAAUCAUAUUCAGGCAGAGAGAGUUGCCAAGCCAUGAAACAGGAACAGCAGGCUUUCUGAUAAGAUGAAGAAAGUUUCCAUCCUGAAGAUUAAUAAAAACAGCUUGGACUAUUCCUCAUUUCAAUGCGAGAAAGUUUUAAAGAAUGAAGUCUAAACAAAUUGAGUAAUUGAAUAAAACUCAAAGCAAAAUGCUUAUAUUAAUAAUGUUUUCUCUUGAAAGAAUGAACAACUGCAACUUUAGUUUCAAAGAAUAAGAAUGAAUUAAAUUAUAUUUUCUUUUGUAUUUAAUCAUAAGAAAUCAUAUCCAGGUAGAGAGAGAGAUGCCAACCCAUGAAACAGGAACAAGUGGCUUUCUGAUAAAAUGAAGAAAGUUUCCAACCUGCAGUUAUACAGAAAUACGUGAGACUAUUCCUUAUUUCAGUGCAAGAUAGGCUAAGUAAAAUAAUUGAUUUUUCUGAUUUGAUUAUUUCUACUAUUUAUUAAGCUAUACUGACCCUUGCAAAAUUGUAUUACUAAUAAAAUAUGUAGCAUAAAGAAAAAUCUGACAGAUGUUGUGCACAUUCAAUUAAUGUGUCACCUAUGAUGGUUGUAAAGUAGCUAUGAUGCUUGAUUCUGGAGAGAAAGAGGUGGAAAACAUUUCAUAGAUUCCUUUUAGCCCAAAACCAUGUAAAACAACACACUUAAGUCUCUAAAACCAACCUGGUUUAGUAUCAAGUUUAGGUUGUAACAAAGAGAAAAAGCGACUGUUAACAUGUGUGGUCUGUGAAACUAGACCACACAUGUUGUGGUCUGCAGGCUGCUCAGUCUGACUAACUCACCGGGGGAUAAGGGUGGGGCACCUGGAUGGAGGUCGUCAGGAACCAGGUGAGUCUUUCUCAAUAGGCCAGCUUGAACAGAGUUUACCUGAGUUCUGUACAGGGUAAUACCCAGCAGAUUUAGGAACCUUCACAACUAUGAUAGGUUUUAAGAAACCUUUAAGACACACCCUAACAUAUUGCACCUAAUUCAAUGGAAAAAGUAAAACUGGGUGCCGAUUAAUUUUUUGGGAGAACAAUCAAAAAGUCAUACAUUUAGUUUUCAUAACUGUUGGCAAAAAUAAGCGUUAGUGUAAGCGUUCUCUAGCUUUGUCUAGUAGCUAUUUGUUUUAACACUACCCUAGCCCAGUGAUAAUGCAAUAAUACUCUCAAACCAAAUUUCUGACAGAAGACUAAAUUCCAUCCAGAUUCCAUUUGGAAUAUCUGUCUGCUUUUGUGGUGACUAAAUAUAAUUCAUAUUGGUUACAACAUUAGGGGAAAUUUAUCCUCACUGUUUUAUAACAUGAGGUUGUCGGGCAGGCAGUUUUAAAAUUGUUUCUCUUUGUUGCUAAAAAGCUCAGCUCAAUGGAUACUUUUUAGAUUUCUAUUUUAAAAGUUCUGGAAGACCAUGUCUAUUUUCUUUCCACGUUAUCAUUUCACUUUUGCCACUUUGUGAAUAAAUUGCUUAAACUCCCAAUGUCACACUGAAGUUUGUUUCUGUAAUGUGAUUAAACCUGUACAUGUUCUUCAGAUUUUAUUACUUUUGCAAGAGUAUUGACAUCUGGUGUUGAUACCUGAUGCAAACACAAAUCCACGAAACAUGCGGGUUAAAAUGAUGUCUAGCCCCAUCAAGAGGCCAACAAAUGUAAUUGCACCUUUCAGCACAUCUGUGACAGAUGUACUGAAAAUAUUAACGCAGUGAUGAUGCAGCACUUGUAAAGUUAAGGAUUUUUCAAGAUAAUAUAAAACAUAAAAUCAUUUUUGUGAAUAAAAUCACUCUCUUACUUGUU